AUGUAAUCGACUUAAUACCUAUGUCUGUCCUUGUUUGUCCCCUCUGUGUUUAGCCCCUUGUGGGUAAUAAAGAAAUAGGUACAUGUUAUCAAGCUGUAGUCGAUCGUGGGUGACGGCUGACUGUCUUCCCUGUACUUUAUCCGAAAGUAUAUAAAAACUGCUUGUGAUUACUUUGGGAUGAAUAUUUUUGGAUAUCAAUAACCGACUGAUAAUAAUGUCUACGAUUACAGUAAACGACUUCCACUGUAUCAUAAAUAGAUAGAUAGAUAAAUAAAUAGCUAUAUUAGCUAGGUGUACGUAUGUGUGUGCAUAUGAGUAUGUAGGUAGGAGAGACAUGCUUCUGCUGGCAAAUCGCCAAAGCGCAUGUUCAACCGGAUAUUGAUAUCAGAUUGCCACCUUAGAAUAAUCUUUUCCGUCUGUUUUGGAGUUAAUUUUGCACGCAACAUUAAACCUAUCUUGCAUAUCAUCAUAUACACACGUAUAUAUUUCUGUUAGUCACCUUCUAUUCAUCAACACACACAACCACAUUAUACGAGAAUACCAGAUAGCACUAGCACAAAAGAAUUUUCUGCUUCAAAUCCCUAAAUUGUUCUCAAUUUUUGAAGACUAAAGCAAGAUUUUGUAUAGGAUUGAUAUAUUUCUGUUCAUAGAUGUUUACAGUUGAAUUGCUAUAAAAUAAGUCUUGUGAACUGUUCUCAGUCUUGCAGUCUAGAAUGUGUUCAAAGUGAUUUUGCAUUCUGAUUAAACCAAGACAAAUUUACAAGGAAGUUUAAAGUGUCUUCAGAUAUCCACAAAUAUAGUAGUAGAGACAACUGUUUGGAAUAUUAUCUAAAACCAAAGUCAUUCAAAGGAAAAUAAUUAGGGAAAAUGAAUUAUGUGAGUAAAAGGAACAAUGCCUAACAGAGUCUGAAAGAAUUACCUUUUGUGAUGAAAUUUUGAAAGGUACAAGAAAAAUAUUGUACCACUGUGAUAUCUGUAAAAUGUCAUUCACUCAAGAAAGUAGCUUUGCAAGUCAUAAAUAUGUUCAUAAAGAAGAAAGACCAUAUCUUUGUGAAAUCUGUAAGAAAUCAUUCACUAGAAAUAAAGACUUGACUAAACACAUGUAUUUUCAUAAACAAGAGAAGCCAUAUAAGUGCGAUGUUGGUGACACAUCAUUCUUGCAGGAAAAUAUCUUAAAUAAACAUUGCAACAUUCGUACAGGAGAGAGACCAUAUCACUGUGAUAUUUGUGGUGAAUCAUUUUCUGAAAGUUGUGAGUUAACUAAACACAAACAUAUUCAUAAAGGAGAGAAGCCAUACCACUGUGAUAUCUGUGGCAAAUGUUUUUCUCAUAGUAAUGCUCUAACUAUACACAAACGCACUCAUACUGGAGAGAAACCUUAUCCUUGUGAUAUCUGUGGCAAAUCAUUCUCUCAGGCUGGUAACUUAUCUACUCACAAACGUAUUCAUUCAGGAGGGAAACUAUAUCACUGUGAUAUAUGCAGUAAAUCAUUCUCUGAACCAAGUUACUUAGCAAAACACAAAAUCAUUCAUACAGAAGGAAAGAUAUAUCAGUGUGAUAUCUGUGGUAAAUCAUUCUCACAAAGAAAUCUCUUAACUAUACACAAACGUGUUCAUACAGGAGAGAAGCCAUAUCAGUGUGAUAUCUGUGGUAAAUCAUUCUCUCAGGCUGGUAACUUGACCACUCACAGAUAUGUUCAUACUGGAGAGAAACCAUAUCACUGUGAUGUCUGUGGUAAAUCAUUCUCUGACCCAGGUCAGUUUACAAAGCAUAAAUAUAUACAUAGAGAAGACAAGUUAUAUCACUCUGAAUACAGUGGUAAAUCAUCCCCUCACAGAAUUUUUUUAACCAUACACAAACAUCACUGUGAUAUCUGUAGUAAAUCAUUUUCUCAUAAAAAUGCCCUAACUAUACACAAACGUAUUCAUACAGGGGAAAGGCCAUAUCAUUGUGAUGUCUGUGGUAAAUCAUUCUCUCAGACCAGUAACUUAACUAUUCACAAACAAUUUCAUAUAGGAGAGACUCACAGAGACAUUCAUACAGAAGAAAAGCCCUAUCCUUGUAACAUUUGUGGUAAAUCAUUCUCUCGUAGAAAAGCCUUGAUUAUACACACACGCAGUCAUACUGGAGAGAAACCACAUCGUUGUGACAUCUGUGGAAAAUCAUUUGCACAAGUUGGUAACUUGACUUCUCACAAACGUAACUUAGCUACUCACGAACACAUUCAUACUGGAAAGAAACCAUAUUGUGAGAUAUGUAGUAAGUCAUUUUCUGACCCAGGUGACUUCUCUAAACACAAACUGAUUCAUAGAAGAGAAAAGCUAUAUUAUUGUGACAUCUGUAAUAAAUCAUUCUCUCAAAAAUGCACCUUAACUGGACACAAACAUAUGCAUAGAAGUGAGAGGCUAUAUGACUGUGAUAUCUGUGGUAAAUCCUUCUCUUGUAAAAAUUCUUUAACUAUACACAUGUGUAGUCAUGCAGGAGAGACAACAAAUCAGUGCAAUGUAUAUGAUAAAUCAUUCUCUCAAACUGAUAACUUUACUUCUCACAAACACAUUCACAAAAGAGAAAAACUAUAUUCCUGUAAUAACGACAGUAAAUCUUUUUCUGUCGCAACUGACUUAACUACAGACAAACUCAUUCAUACAACAGAGAAGCCAUAUCAUUGUGAUAUUUGUGGCAGGAGUCUCUUAACAAUACACAAACAAAUUCAUACAGAACAGAAGCCAAGUCACUGUAAUGUCUGCAGUAAGUCAAUCUCUCAAGAAGUCUUAACUAGACACGAAUGUGUACAUACAGUUGAGAAGUCAUAUAACUGCAAUAUCUGUGGGAAACCCUUCUCUGACAGAAGACAGUUAACUAAACACAAACAUAUCCACAGAGGAGAACAGCUACAUCAGUGUGAGAUCUGUGAUAAAUCAUUCUCUUAUAGAAAUGCUUUAACUGUGCACAGCCGUAGUCAUACAGAGCCAUAUCACUGUGAUAUCUGUGGUAAAUCAUUCUCUCGAAAAUCUAACUUACCUAAACACAAACGCAUUCAUACAGGAGAGAGGCCCUAUCACUGUGAUAUCUGUGGUAAAUAUUUCUCUCGAAAUGGAGACUUGUCCAAGCAUAAACGUAUUCAUACAGGAGAGAAGCCAUAUCACUGUGAGAUAUGUGGUAAAUCAUUCUCUCAAACUGGAGAUUUAACAAAACACACACGAAUUCAUACAGGAGAGAAGCCAUACUGUUGUGAUAUAUGUAGCAAAUCAUUCUCUGAAAGUAGUGAGUUAACUCGACAUAAACGUAUUCAUACAGGAGAAAAACCAUUUCACUGUAAUAUCUGUGGUAAAUCAUUUUCUCAAAAUUCAGAAGUGACUAAACACAAACGCAUUCAUAUUGGAGACAAGCAGAAUUGUACUGAUAUCUGUGGUAAAUCAUUGUUACACUCAGGUAAAUCAACUGCUCAAGAAUAUUCAAGGGAGAAACCAUAUCACUGUGAUAUCUGUGGUAAAUCCUUUUCUGGAAGUAGUGACUUUACUAGGCAUGGACGGACUCAUACAGGAGAGAAGCCAUUUUGUUGUGAUAUAUGUGGUAAAUCAUUCUCUCGAAAUGGGGAUUUAACUAAACACAAACGUAUUCAUACAGGAGAAAAACCAUAUCACUGCGAUAUUUGUGGUAAAUCAUAUUCUCAAAGUAGUGAGUUAACAAGACACAAACGAAUUCAUACAGGAGAGGAACCAUAUCACUGUGAUAUCUGCGGUAAAUCUUUCUCUGAAGGAAGUUUCCUAACUAGACACAAACGCAUUCAUACAGGGGAAAAACCAUAUCACUGUGAUAUUUGUGGUAAUUCAUUCACACAGAAUGGUGAUUUAACUAGACACAAACGAGUUCAUACAGGAGAGAAACCAUAUAAUUGUGACAUCUGUGGUAAAUCCUUCUCUAGAAGUAGUUACUUGACAACACACAUUCGUGUACAUACGGGAGAGAAGCCGUAUCAGUGUGAUAUAUGUGAUAAAUCAUUCUCUCAAAGUAGUGACUUAAAUAAGCACAAACGUAUUCAUACAGGAGAGAAGCCUUAUCUUUGUGAUAUCUGUGGCAAGUCCUUCUUUGAAGAAAGUGUCUUAAGUAAACACAAACGUAUUCAUACUGGAGAGAAACCACAUCACUGUGAUAUUUGUAGCAAAUCAUUCUAUCGAAGUAGUGACUUGACUACUCACAUACGUACCCAUACAGGAGAGAAACCAUACCAAUGUGAUAUCUGUAGGAAAUCAUUCUCUCAUAGAAAUGCCUUAACUAUCCACAAACGCAUUCAUACUGGAGAGAAACCAUAUCACUGUGAUAUUUGUGGUAAAUCUUUCUCUGGAAGUAGUGAAUUAACUACCCACACGCGCAUUCAUACUGGAGAAAAGCCAUACCAUUGUGAUAUCUGUGGUAAGUCAUUCACUGGAAGUAGUCACUUAACCAGUCACAAACGCAUCCAUACAGGAGAGAAGCCAUAUCACUGUGAUAUCUGUGGUAAAUCGUUCUCUGCAAAUAGUCAAUUAACUAUACAUAAACGCAUUCAUACAGGAGAAAAGCCAUACCUCUGUGAUAUCUGUGGUAAAACAUUUGUUGCAAGUGGGGAAUUAACUGUCCACAGACACAUUCAUACAGGAGAGAAACCAUAUCACUGUGACAUCUGUGGUAAAUCAUUAUCUGACCCAGGUAACUUAGCAAAACACAAACGUAUUCAUACAGGAGAGAAGCCAUUUCCCUGUGAUGUCUGUGAUAAAUUUUUCUCUGAAAGAAGUCACUUAACUAAACACAAACGUAUUCAUACUGGUGAGAAACCUUAUCACUGUGAUAUCUGUGGCAAGUCAUUCUCUGUAAGUAGUGACAUACAUAGGCACAGACGCAUUCACACAGGUGAAAAACCUUACCAAUGUGAUAUAUGUGGCAAAUCAUUCUCUGAAAAUGGUAGCUUGUUGAAACACAAAUUUAUUCACACAGGGGAAAAACCAUAUCAUUGUGAUAUCUGUGGUAAGUCAUUCUCCGAAGGAAGCGUCUUAACUAAUCACAAACGUAUUCAUUCAGGUGAGAAGCCAUACCAUUGUGAUGUCUGUGGUAAAUCAUACUUUGUAAGUGCUGACUUGACAGUACACAUCCGUAUUCAUACAGGAGAGAGGCCAUAUGACUGUGAUAUCUGUGGUAAAUCAUUCUCUUAUAAAAGUUCAAUAACUGCUCACAAACGCAUUCAUGCUGGAGAGAGGCCGCAUCAGUGUGAUAUCUGUGGUAAAUCAUUCUUUGGAAAUAGUCAAUUAACUGUACACAAACGUACUCAUACGGGAGAGAAGCCAUAUCACUGUGAUAUCUGUGAGAAAUCGUUCUCUCAGACCAGUAGCUUAACUACUCACAGACGUAUUCAUACAGGAGAGAAGCCAUAUCACUGUGAUAUUUGUGGUAAAUCAUUCUCUUCAAAUAGUAAAUUAACUGUUCAUAGACGGAUUCAUACAGGAGAAAAACCAUAUCUCUGUGAUAUCUGUGGUAAAUCCUUCUUAGCAAGUGAAAAAUUAACAGCACACAAACGCAUUCAUACAGGAGAGAAGCCAUAUACCUGUGAUAUCUGUAGCAAAUCCUUCUCUUCAGCUAGGUAUUUAGCCACUCACAAACGUUCUCAUACAGGAGAAAAACCAUAUCACUGAUAUCUGUGGUAAAUCCUUCUUAGCAAGUGAAAAAUUAACUGCACACAAACGCAUUCAUACAGGAAAAAAAAUCUUAUCAUUGUGAUGUGGUAUUUCGUUUUCUCAUGUAGGUAGCUUAACUAGACACAAAUAUCUUCAUACAGGGGCAAAGCCAUUUAACUGACGCUGGUGGUAAAUCAUUCUCUCAAAAAUGUCCCUUUAUUACAAUCACUUUGACACAGAAAAGACUAUAUAACAGUGUACCUUCACCUCACAACACUAUAUUUUAUAUAAUCACAACUACAUUGGUGAGAUAAAUUAUAACUGAGAUGCUAAUAAUUAUGAGGUUUUUUCUUCCAAAAUAUAAGCGAAACAAAACUGGUGGAUACACACGAUAGAAAAACGGAAUGGACUAAUCAGGAGCAGAUGUGGGUUGGAGAGGUCACAGGAUAUGUGACAAAAGAUUUCACGCAAAGGACACUAAAAUAAAAACAAUGGUAAAGCUAAUAAAAAUGUUUUUUAAAUUAC